CUUUGUUUACAUUGAUUGAUGUCCACUAUUUUGUGCAUGGUCAUUAUUUCGUAGUACCGACCGUCCUUGAAGAUCAAUAAGAUCCAUUUUAUACUUUUAAAUUUUGUACAUUUAUUUUGGUACUUAAAUAGGCCUCUAAUGCAAUAGAUGACUGCAAUGCUACAGCAAUGUGUUUGUAUUUUUUUAGUUCUGGUUUUCGCUAGCCUGACUCGUGGUGGUGGUGGUCGUGAUGAUGAAGUCUUCACUUAUGAUCCCGAACUCGACAUGGAUGCUAUACAAUUGAUCACAAGUAAAGGAUAUCCAGCAGAAGCUCAUUAUGUAAAUACAAGCGACGGCUUCAUUCUGGGAUUGCAGAGAAUUCCGUACGGGAGGAACGAAAAACCACCGAAACAAGGUCGUCCAGUUGUGUUCUUACAGCACGGUCUGCUAUGUGCAUCCACUAACUGGUUGACAAACCUUAGGAACGAGAGUCUUGGUUAUAUUCUCGCUGAUGCAGGAUUUGACGUGUGGUUAGGAAAUAUACAAUUGAUCACAAGUAAAGGAUAUCCAGCAGAAGCUCAUUAUGUAAAUACAAGCGACGGCUUCAUUCUGGGAUUGCAGAGAAUUCCGUACGGGAGGAACGAAAAACCACCGAAACAAGGUCGUCCAGUUGUGUUCUUACAGCACGGUCUGCUAUGUGCAUCCACUAACUGGUUGACAAACCUUAGGAACGAGAGUCUUGGUUAUAUUCUCGCUGAUGCAGGAUUUGACGUGUGGUUAGGAAAUGUACGUGGUAAUACGUAUUCAAAAAACCACACGUAUUUGAAACCUGAUCAAAAUGCAUUUUGGGCUUGGAGUUUUGAUGAGAUGGCAGCAUAUGACUUACCAUCGAUGGUAAAUUAUGUUUUAAAAGUAUCAAAUCAGAAGAAGCUAUCUUAUGUAGGCCAUUCCCAGGGAACCACAAUGGGAUUCAUCGCAUUCUCAAAUAAUCAGCAACUUGCAGAAAAGAUUAAUUUGUUUGUAGCUCUUGCACCAGUAGCAAAUGUCACGAACAUGGAGAGUCCUAUAGCCUAUCUUUCACACUUCCUACCAGAAAUACAGUUUCUUCUUGAUAUACUUGGCAUCAAAGAAUUCUUACCAAACACAGAGUUAAUUGAUCUGAUUGCCAAAGAUAUUUGCAACAAACCUAAUGAGUACAUGUUCUGUAAAAAUAUAAUUUUUGUUCUUUGCGGAUACGAUGCAAAGAACCUAAACCAGACUCGUCUCCCAGUUUACUACACUCACUGUCCAGCCGGUACCAGUGUACAAGACGUGCUCCAUUGGGCUCAGAUGGUGCGUGCUGGAAACUUCCAGAUGUAUGACUAUGGAGCAGGUGGAAACCUGAAGAAGUACAACCAGGACACACCACCCUUAUAUUCAGUGGACAACAUGGAAGUUCCAGUUGCUCUGUACUCCGGUGGUGAAGACUGGCUUGCAGACCCAACUGAUGUUGAUGAUGUCACACCUAGGCUUAAAAAUGUUGUACGGAACUUACGAUUACAGGACUACGAUCAUUUAGACUUUGUCUGGGGCAUGGAUGCCGCGUCAAGACUCUACCCGGACGUUUUAGCGAUGCUAAAGAAGUAUGCAGUGUGAAAGGAAAACAUGUGUUGUAUGGUUUUAAAAGUGUCUUGUAUGACAGCAAAAAAUUGUUGAUAUUAUACAAAAUCUAGGAAUACUCUGUCAGACUAAACUACCCAAGUCUUAUCAGACUUUGUGUGGUAGUGCUUUUUUCAGUCAAAUUAUGUGUCUGUUGAUCUGAAGGGAUUUGGAGAAUACUUGUGAAUGCUCAAUUUCUGGUCAGAUAUUGUUGAGUCAGACUGGAAACAAUCUUUUAAUGUAUGUCUAGUUUAUAAGGUAUCUUACUGAAAUCUCAAUUGCAAAAAGCAAAUGUUUCUAAAAUGUCAGUGUUUCUGUCACUGUAUUAUAUGUUUGUAUUUGUAAUGUUUGUUGUCUUAAACAUUUUCUCCAAGUGCCAAAUAUGUUAUUGUAGAAUUGUCUUCAAGGUGAAAUGUCAAAAUUUAUAGUUAAUGCUUAAUUAGAUAUUUGGAAAAACUGUUCCAUUACAAACCCACAUUUUGCUCAUGCUCAAUGCAAUUUUACACUUGUGUAGCAUAUACUUCCAACAUAUGCUUGGUGUAAUUGUGUAUCUCAUAAUCUGUUUAUUUGUGACUAUAGUCCAAUUUUUUUAUUUAGUUGUACAUAAUAGUUUUAUGUAAACUUCAGUCAAAAACUGAUUAUGAAAUAGCGUAAACAAGCGUAAUAAUUGCAUUUCUGAGCAUGAACAGUUUAUCUAAACUUAAAAACUGAUGAUAUGAUUUAAACAAGUGUUUAAUUCAUUGAUGUACCCUAAAGAUAAACCAAAGUGUUUAGCAAAAAUUAUUCAAUGUUUUAUUCAAUUUAGCUUAAGAGGCAUUUUAAUAUGACACUGCCACAUUUCCAAGUGCUAAUCCAGAGUGAAGACUCAUUCAUCCUUCAUUGCUAGUUUAUGAUAUAAACAUCCUUAAUUUGCUCUUUGUGAUCGUGGCAUAGCAUAUAUAUUUUAAAGAUACACCCUUUGGAAUGUAAGAAUUAUUUGAAUGAAAUAUUGCUGUUACAUGACUGUUAUAAAAAAGAAAUAUGAGCACAUUUAGAUUUUUCUAGAAAGAAUGUAACUUUUUUUUUUGUUGUAAUUAUGUCAAUCAUAUUAUAAAUGGCCCUUUUAGGCCCAGAAGAUCAGCUGAAUAAUGUGUGUCCGCUUAAGUAUGUUUAAUAUGAUACUCUAAACAUUAAGUCAAUAAAGUGGCGUAAGGAGGAGAGUUGUUUUACUUGUUACAAUUAAAUUGUAGCAUUAUUGGAAAUUGAACCCAGAUUAUUGUGGUUGAGAGGAAAGCACCUCAACCACCAAGUUAUUAAUGAAAAGCUAUUUGGCAUUUAUCUACUUUAGAUAGGGCCUAUUUGAACUAAAAUUAUUAUUUUAUCCGGCCUUUUUGCGAUAUAGCAAAAUGCACACCAGUCGAUGCUAUUAUUAAUUUUUUAUUUUGUGAAAUACUGCAAUUUGUUCUAAAAGUUUGAGAUAUUUUCUAAGUUCUUUUUUGAACUGUGUAUCAUAUGAUAUAGAACUUAGAAAUUAUGUUUAAGGUUGAAAUUGAAUAUAAUGUCACUGCGGCUGUGCUUGUGGACUGAAAUUCAAGUUGGUUUCAGUCUCGCAUUUGCUCACAAACGCUCCAAAAAGGGAUCAUCUAGUCCUAAAACAAACCCCCCCCUUCCCUAAAUACAUAAUGCAAGUAAUUUUAAGCAAUAUCUUUAAAAAGAUUUUGUUAGUUGCUGCACUUAAAAUUCAGCUGUUGAAGUGAAAUUUUUAAAAUGCUUUUUGCAUGUUGAUAAUAUUUUGAAUUUUAUAAAAACUGUUGUAUUUUCAAGUUGUUUGUAAUUAAUUGCAGUGGAAUACCCUAUUACUUAAAUUUUUAACGAUAAUGGAUUUUUCAUAUUUUUUUUUGUAUCCUAAAAGGGUAAAUCUUUAUUUUUAUUGCCAUUGUGGCAUUUACUGGUACCGAAUUAAUUGAGACCAUUUAUUAUUACAAAAACAUUUUCUAAUUAGAGAAUUCUGACAUAUAAAUAUACACAUAGAUUGACAUUUAUUUUAGCACAUUAUAUUAGGUUGUUUAUAAUGGUUAUGCAUUUUUCAUACCUUUUGUUUUUGUAUCCCAAACGGGUAAAUCUUCUUUACUUUUAUUGCCCUUGUGGCAAUUUUAUCCUCAUAUCGAUGUAACAAAAUGUAUUUUAAAUAUUUUUUCAUGUAUCUUUCCGUUUAUAUAUUGUUAUGUUGCAUUAACAGGUGAAUAUAAUUCUUAUUACUGUAUUGCUUUUUUUAAUUUAAGGCCUAAUAUCAGCAUCACAGAGUGAUGAAAAGUAGCCUCUAAAUGCCAUGGUCUGCCAAGUGAAUACUAAGCUAGAGGCGUAGCCUACUUACAGCUAAGAGUGGGCAGCUUUCCUGCCCAUUGUCAGUGUGUAUUCAUGUAUCUACAACUGGCUUUGCCAUAAAGCAAAUUCUACCUCAAUAUAUAACCUAUAUAUAACCUUAAUUAAAAACAUUUGCUUUAUAUUAUAUAAUUUUCUAUAUAUGUUACACUAUAAUUUAUGGUUGUUGCAUUUUCCUGUCCUUCAGUAAAGAGCUAUUUUUAUCGAGUACAAUUUUCUAAUUCAUUUUUAGGGUUUCUUCAUAUAUUUUGUUUUCAAAAAAUAUAUUGUUUAGCUUAUGUGUUCUGUACAUCUUAUUUUAUUCCUUUAAAAUACUUAUAUUUGAUUUUUCAAUUUUAGUUUAGUUUGCUUUGUCUAUAAGUUGUAGUAAUAAUGACGCAGUAUUAGCCUGUUGCAGCUUGAUAAAAUAUUCUGCAAGGACCUUACCGAAGCUUCAGCCCCUAUGAUAUUGUUUGGUGGCGGAUUCAAGGGGGUUAGGAAGGUUCCCCGUCCCAAAAAAAAAAAAAAAAAAUUUUUAAUAUGAACAAAUGGAAAAUUAUAAUCAAAUUUAGGUUUGAGAGUGCCAUUUCCGGCCAUUUAGAGGUGUCAUAAUCAUAACAACUCCCGUCUGUGAAAAUCCUGGCAUGGGCCCCUUCUAUUUUGAAUUUCUGUAUCUGCCACUGUUGUUGCUAGGUUCUCAAAAUGUGACAGUAUUAAAAUUGGUUUCCAUACAAUUGCUACACUGUCACUACAGGUUUUUUUUUUUUUUAACUGCAAUUGUUGCACCGAGUAACUGUCCCCAAUGCAUUAGGGAAGGUUCCUUAAUUCAGCUGACCAAUUAGGUCUUGUUCUAAUUGGCCAGUUAUUAAGUGUCAUUGACAUUUCGUAAAUGUCCAUGUUGUCCAAAACAUUUAGGGACAUGAUGUUACAGUUCCCUUUGGUUAUAAAUUUAGUAUCUUCCAUUUUAGUCUUUCAAAAUUGAUCCCUUGCUUGUAUUUAAUUGUGGUUAUGUGAAAUUGAUCAAUACUGUGCAAAUUUUUCUGAAAUAAUGAAUGAUUGUAAAUGCAACAAUUUUUAAUCUCUUAAUUGAUUCAAAUAUGACGAAUGGAACUAUUUCUAAAUAGUCAUAAUAAAAAGCAAAUUGCAAAAAUAAAA